AUGUCUGGGAAAUCUGCCAAGGCCGAGACGUUGGGCGCUUGGGGGCUGCUGAAAGAAGUGUUCAAUUGGUAUCCGUCUGAUUAUCCGACCAAUGAGCGAAAGUUGCUCUUUAAACUCGAUUUGUCGAUUCUUGUGUUUGCUUGUCUUUGCUACCAAACCAACAUCAGCAAUGCAUAUGUCAGUGGACUCAAGGAGGAUUUCAAUCUCAAUGGCAACCAACUCAACUACUUCAACGUGUGCUAUUACACUGCCUAUGUGGUCUUCCAAGUGCCGGGUCUGCUUUUGAUGUCUCGUCCCACAUUAGCACGAUGGCUACUCCCAUCUCUGGAAAUCGUCUGGGGAAUAUGUACCUUUGCACAGAGCCGAGUAACAAAUGUCAGCCAGCUCUACGCACUCCGCUUCCUCGUCGGCAUGUUUGAAGCCCCUGUGUUUGCCGGAACGCACUUUAUUCUCGGCUCCUGGUACUCAGGCCCCGAACUAUUCAAGCGAGCUGGCACAUGGUUCAUCUGCAACGCCCUCGGCACCAUGGUCAGCGGGUAUCUGCAAGCUGCCGCCUACACCAAUCUCUCCGGAGUAGCAGGUAUGCCCGGCUGGAAAUGGCUAUUCAUCAUCGACGGCAUAUUCACAAUCCCCGUCGCUAUAAUCGGGUUCUUUGUGUUUCCCGGAAUCCCGGACUCACCAAGACCAUUCUUCCUGUCCGAAGACGAUAUUGCCUUGGCUAAAGACCGAGCGCGUAGAGCCAACAUCCGCCGUCCUGGGAAAUUGGGCAUUGAUGUGUUCAAACGUACGCUGAAGCGUUGGAAUAUUUGGGUUUUCAUUUCGUGCUAUGCGUGUAUGAUCAUGUCUGCUUAUCCGACAUCAUACAUGAACCUUUGGCUGGAGGCUGAGGGAUACUCGGUGCCACAGGUUAAUAAGCUACCGACUGUGACUUAUGCGAUUAAUAUCGUUGCGUCGUGGUUAGGAACGACUCUUGCCGCGAUAUAUCCCUCCUGGCUUAUAUACACGAUUGCCUCGGCAUGCUGUAUGUUUUCUACACUGUGCAUGAUUAUUUGGAAUAUUCCCCAGGGUUUGAAGUUCGUCGCAUGGUACCUCUUCGGCGCAGCAGGAUGUACAAGCCCGAUUCUAUAUUCUACUGUCAAUACUAUCGUCAAGGAUGAUUCUGAAGAGCGUGCGCUGAUUAUGGGCGCAAUGAUGACAUUUGGCUACUCGUUUCAAAUCUGGGUCCCGCUGCUUCUAUUCCCCACUGCUGGUCCUGAUGGUGCACCGAGAUGGCGAAAGGGGUGGCCAGCCGCGUUUGCGUUUUUCUUUUUGCUGUGGGCAGGUUUUAUUGCGGCGACUCUUAUACAUAAAAGGUAG